AUGGAUAUCGUCAAAACACCUAAGUUGGAGAAUGUGCAGCUUCUGGACAAGUAUAACUUACGGAACCCGUCGAAGGGGACUCUAUACUUUGCGACCACACACCUCAUAUUCGUCGACCAUGAGAUGAGGAAGGAGACCUGGAUUCUACUGAUGCACAUAUCGUCAGUGGAAAGGUUGCCGAUCACAACGACCGGGUCUCCGCUCCUGGUGAGAACAAAGACAUUCCAAUCCGUCUUCUUCGUGAUACCUCGCGAGAGAGACUGCCAUGAGAUGCAUCAGACUCUCCUGAGGCUCAGCCAACCAGUACAUAUCGAUGAGUUGUACUGCUUCUUCUAUAAAUCGACGCCAGACGACCUGCCUAAGUCGGCUGGAUGGAACUUCUUCGAUAUUCAGACGGAAUACCAGAGGAUGAACGUUCCUAACGACCAGUGGGUUCUCUGCACCGCCAACAAAGACUAUGAGCUGUGUGACACGUAUCCGAGUGAGGUGUACGUGCCAGCUCGCGCGUCCACGGCGGUCCUGCUCGGCAGUGCUAGCUUCAGAUCCCGCGGUCGACUGCCAGUGCUCGCAUACCUUCAUCACAAUAAAGCCGCUAUAGCUCGCUGUAGUCAGCCUCUCAGCGGGUUUUCUGCCAGAUGCAUGGAGGACGAACAGAUGUUGGAUCUGAUCAGGAGGGCGAACCCAAACUGCGGCUAUAUGUACGUGGUGGAUACUAGGCCAAGGAUCAAUGCGAUGGUGAACCGAGCAGCUGGCAAGGGUUAUGAGAACGAAGCUUUCUAUGAGAACAUCAAGUUUCAGUUCAUGGGCAUCGGCAAUAUCCAUGUGAUGAGGAAGAGUCUACAGAAACUGGUCGAGACUUGUGAACAAAACACGCCUACAAUGUCCUCCUUCCUCAGCGGGUUGGAGUCCUCCGGGUGGUUGAAACACAUCAAGUCCAUCCUGGACACGUCGUGGUGGAUGGCGGGCGCGCUGGAGGCCGGCGUGAGUGUGUGCGUGCACUGCAGCGACGGCUGGGACCGCACGGCGCAGGUGUGCUCGCUCGCCGCGCUCUGUCUCGACCCGCACUACCGGACCAUCAACGGAUACCAGGCGCUAAUAGAGAAGGAUUGGCUAUCAUUCGGUCACAAGUUCACAGCCCGGUGUGGGCACAUUGCGUGCGAUGGCCGCGAGAGGUCGCCAGUGUUCACGCAACUACUCGACUGUACCUGGCAACUGUUGCGACAGAGACCUGAGGCGUUCCAGUUCAACGAGAGGUUCCUCCUGACGUUGCACGAUCACGCGCAUGCGUGCCAGUAUGGGACCUUUAUAGGGAACUGCGAGAAAGAUAGGCGGGACUUACGGUUAUCAGAACGUACAUUCUCUCUAUGGGGCUACAUGGCGAGUCAUUUGAACGAGUACAAGAAUCCGUUGUACAACCCCAAGUCUCACCCUGAUGUACUGAAACCAGACUUAAGUGCACAGAGCAUAAGGUUCUGGCGCGGCAUGUACUGCCGACACGAGAGUGGCGUCCACCCCAGGGAGGCGCUGGCAGACCUCCUCCCUGCCGCCGUGGACCACACCUCCGCGCUACACCUGCACAUCAACUACCUCACCAAGAGAAUUACCACAUUCAAGAAUUUGCUGUCUGGUAAAAAAGGGGACAAAAACAAGGAUACGACUGUUGUCAACUAUCAGAAUGGCAACAUUAACUCAGUCGAGAUCGAAACUAAGACUGAAGCACUACAAAUCGACAACAAAUUACUAUACGAGUCUGGUGGCACUCUAUCGGAGUUGGAGUGCGCGAACCAUGACCACCCGCUGAAGGAGGUCUUAGCCCCUACCAAGCCUAAUAAAAUACCUCUCAUUACUGAGAAGGCGAGUGAUUCGAUACCAGCAAACUUGGCGUUGUUAGAGCAGGAAGUGAACACCGUGGCGUUGGACUGGAAGAGUAUCAAGAAUGUUACCGAAUGCAGCUGUUCCACUCCUCUAGACCACUUCAGCAGGAAGCACCACUGCUGGGGCUGCGGGCGCUGCGUGUGCACGCGCUGCAUCGCGGCGCGCGCCCCCCUCCCCGGCCUGCACGCGCCCCGCGCCGCCCCCCUCUGUGCCGCCUGCUGCCCCCGCACGCCCGAUCACUGCCCGCCCGACAUAGUGACGCCAGCCAACUGA